CAAGAACGCAUUCGAGACAAAGGGAAGUGGACAUACGGAUAUGUGCAUUAGAAAACGCUAACUACGAAGAAAUCACAGUAAUGAUUAUAGUUUCUUAAAGAAUGAAUAGCAGCAGAAAGGUCGCUGUGUCGUUGGCUUUGCCCGGAAAUAAAGUCCGUCACCCUCAGCCUAGGGAAAAAAAGUCAAGACAAAAAGCAUUCAGCAGCCAGGAAACGUGUAUGAAAGAACAGUCUCGCAAGCCUUCAACCCAGAAUCCUAUGAUGAGUGGACCUUUAGAAUAUUUAUGUGUUGACCCUGCCGGGACGUCGUCGUACUCUUCAGUACCGACUCAUUCAUUAAGUCAACCAUUUUCACAAUUGGAUCUUCAUGAGCAGGAGUUGUUAAACAAAUAUGUUUCUAGCAAUUCAGAUUAUGUUGCACCUCAGUUCCUCACAAACGUACCAGUAAUGUCAACAAAAGCAUACUGCUCUCCUGGCAAUCGGUCUGCAGAGCAAAUGCAAACUUCUGGAAGCACAGUAUCCGUGACAGGAGAAGAACUACAAGUAGAAGAAGUAAAAGAUGGGCAGUUCGAAAAAUGUUCUUAUUCUGUUGCAGCUGCUAAUGGAACAUUGAGUCCAGAAACUUCUUUGGCUGAUGGGACAGAAAAUAUUGGCUACAGACCUUGGGAGCAAAGAAGUGAACAAGGGCAACAGCAAAGCGAGAGCUCACGGGAAUUUAAUCAAGGAUCUUCGAUAACGAAUAAAGAAACAAUGUUAUUAACAAACAGAGAACCAGAUAACAAAACUUCACUAGAACAUUCCAAACAAGGAGAAAAAGUGUCUGAUGGUUCCACUGAGCAAAGUAACUCUCCUUUAACUCCAUCCUCACACUUUUCGUCUUCCCCUAGGCCAAACAGUAGGUGCUUGCAAGAGUCGUGGGUACAGAAUAAAAAUAUUCAAAGUAGUUUAGUGAAAGAAAACUCAUGUAAUCCCCUUCUUCGUGCCCAACAUUCGGGCUUCUCAGAGCCGGAUUUUUCAUAUUGCAACCCUCCACUGCAUAAUACAUCCAAUCCUCUUUUUGGAAAUCCAAAUUCGCUCCAGUACACUUUACCUGUAAACGUAGUGGCCUAUCCAGAACAACAACAGCAAAUGUCUCAUUCUGAUACCAGCUCUAUGUUUCCAGCUCCAAAACGCUUGAAAACAGAUUCUUCCAUUUCUAACAUUAAAGGAUCUCUUGAAAAUUCUUUCCCAGUGCCCUCGGUUAUAUCAGUCACCCCAAAACAAUCUCUACCACCAGCAGAGCAAUAUAGAAAAAAGAGUUUUGUUAAUAAUUCACCUCCAGUCUUUGAAACUGAAGAGAAACCAAAAAAGAAGAGAAAACGUUGUGGUGAAUGCCCUGGAUGUUUUAGGAAAGAUAACUGUGGCGAGUGUGGACCAUGCAAAAGUGUUAAAAGUCAUCAAAUUUGUAAACUUAGAAAAUGUGACCAACUAAAAACGAAGAAAGAAAGGAUGCAACCCAAACUAGCCCAAAGUAACAACAUGGCAAGAGGUAAAAAACGUCAUACACUGGAAAAAAGCAACCAAGUUCGGGAAAUGAAUUCCAAUUUUGGUAGUUUUUAUGAAAGUGCAUCACAACCAGUAGCUCAUUAUAGUGACCAUUUGUCUCCAGGUGAAAUUAGUGAGAGAAAACCAAUGUCUGUCCCUCUAAUCAAUGAAGAAAUAAAUGAACUGAGAAGGCAUCAGUUUGUUAAUACUCAACCUAAUUCACUGAUCCACUGUCAUGAAAAUCAGAAGGAAGAGACAAUUCUAGUGCCUGUAUAUGCAGAAUCAUAUCAACCAGGAAUUUCUGGAAAUCAUAGUGGUCAACCGUAUAUUGAAAAACAGUCAGUAACUCCUUCUCUAGUGCACAGUAAUAACAGUUCUGAAGGAACAGUUGGUCAUUCUUCUUACAUGAUUUAUCCAGGAACAAUGUCUGAACAAUUACCUCCUAUUUCUGAGACAAUUUUCCCAGUAGGAGGAAUGUCUCUACAUUUACAAACAAGUAAGGCAGCAAGAGUAGAUGAAAUAACUCAGUUUUCAACAGCUGACACUCAUAAGAAAUCGUUAUCAAGAAAAGAGAAUGAAAUAAGUCUAGAACAUGCAACAGAUAAUACACAUGAAGCAGCACAUUUAGGAAAUAUGGAAAUUGAGUACAGUCCAUUAAAUGAGACAAACUACAGUAUCUUCUUCAGUGAAAAAAAUGCACUGAAGAGGGAAGAAGACAUAAAGUCCCACUUUCAAUAUUCUGUUGAUGAUGGUAACUUUGCCCCUAGCUAUUCUUUCUCAUCCCCUUACUCAACAUCAGUUACUGAAUCCCAUUCAGAUCAAUACACUCAACCACCUACUCCUAUUUCCCCUUAUAAGGGACAUCAUAUAAAUUCAGAUGCAAUAUCUUCUCAUCAAACAUCACCAUCACCGUCUCCACCUUUGUUGACUGAGUUAACUCCAGUAUCACUACGUUCCACCAGAAAUCAACACAUAGAAACUUUGCUACCAGCCUCUAGGAGCAGCAUGACAUCAAUGAGUGAAAGUAGAGAGAACAAUGUCAAUGAAGAGUUACAGCCUUUUUUAUCAAACAUGACAACAUCCAUGGAUACAUAUACAAAUAUUAUCAAUACAUAUAACUUGAUUUCACCUUCAUCCUUUUGUUCACCAUUCUACUCCAUAAUUUCUCCAGCUGUUGGAGUUUUCCCACCGACAUCCAGUGUGAUAACAGGAGCUGAUUCAUUCCUUUUAGAUCUAAACAAUAAAAUGCAUGGAUCUAACAACAUGAUGCCUUCAACAAAUGGAGGUCUUUUUAUGUCAGACAGAGACAGUGGUCACACAGAUGACUAGUAUGGACAAAAUUUGUAUUAUCAUAAUCAGAAUGGCCUUCCCAUUUCACUUGUGUUUAAAAAAUAAUAAUGAUAAUAUCAACAAUUAAAUAUUUGUUGAUCACAAUUCUGUAAAUUAAUAUUUUCUUAACAUUGUUAACAACAUCUAGAAUAGUGUGUGUUCAGCAACAUCAAGAGUGUCUCCUUUAAGAACUUGGUUAUAUAUUGGUGUCACACCUGAUUGAGAUGGCUAUAUGUUUAUAAAGUAGCAAGCUAGAGAUUUUGAGAGAAAAGAAACACACAAACGUUGUUAAACUUGAAUGCAUUAUAUUGCCAAUGAAAUUUACAUUGCAAACAGAGCUUGUUUACUUCCUGUAGAACUAAUUCCUGCAAUAACUAAAACCUACAUACAAAAUUUGAACUGGAUUUUGGUAACAUAAUUAAAUUAACUAUGACAUUACUAAGUUGAAGCAAACAAAUUACAGUAUUCUGCAAAGUUCAGGAUACAAGAAGUUGUGCCAAAAUUGAAUAGCAAAUAUUCACACUUGUGUUUCUUGCAUAUCCACUUGAAUAUUUUAGAAGGAUGAAUUCCAUAUGUUAUAGAAUAAAUUUCAUACUUAAUAGGCACUUUUUAUUUUAAAGUAUUUUUUACAGGAUUACUUUUUUAUCUUUAAUUGUUUGGAACCAUGUAAAAAAUGUUUCUACAGUUUUAAUGAAUUUAUUAUAUGAGAUAAUUAAAUUCAGUUUUGUGACAUAAAAUUUCUGUCACCGAAAUACUGCAUUAUUUGAAAAUAUAGGAAAAAUAAUUCAGGUUUAUGUAUGCUCAUAAUCAGUGCAUAUUAUAUAUUUUAUUUUCUGUGUUGUCUGCCUCAGUAAUUAUAUUUUGUGAUUUCGUUUUUAUUUUUAUAUAGAAAUGCACUGGCUGUUUGUGAUAGUCACGAGAUAACAUGAUUGUUAAAUUUUGUUGUUACUCAGGGAGAGUGAGAGAUUGGACUCAGCAGUCAACAUGUUUUUAUUAAUGAAUGAAAUAUGACUCUUAUGAAAUAGUUUAUUUAAUUUUACUUAUAUCAUAAACUUAUUAAUUUUAGUCUAACAGUAUUAGUUUACAUGUACAUUAUUUUUUUACUUGUAUACAUUAAAUACGUUACCAUCUGGCCGUUUACAAUUGUGUGCCAUAAUGUGUGACCCAUGAAAUUAUAUUUGC